AUGGCUGCAUCGAAUCCAGCUCCAGCAACGCUCAGUGAACAGCUGCGCGCGUUGGCCGCAUGUCUUGGUGUCUCAGUCGAUUUGGCGCCAAUUUCAGAAAGCGCCGACAGGCCAAACCAACGCGCCAGGCUCAAGCAGCUUUUGGAUGUUGACUUCGCCGACGCUGAGACCGUCAAAAACCAGAUUGAUGCUGCCCGAACACAAGUUCGCGAUGCGCUUCCUCUUGAGGCGUCAGGAGUGGUCCUGCUUGAGCGCGAGCAAGCGAAGAAAACUGCUCUUAAUCUUUUGAGCGCGGUCACACGAAAUCACAAUGCCACCGAUCGAUUCAAUAUUGGGGUGAUUGCUACGCUACCAGGUGCCGGCAAAACUGCCUUUUGCGACCUCAUCCACUCUGACCUUGCAAAGCAAGUGCAUCCUGACGGAAGGUUCAUCAGUCUAAAUGUCACUUUCGGCAGCCGAAGCUCAUUCACUCGGCGCGAAUGCAACAAGCAUCCUGAGCACGCAGUGUCCUGGCGUAUACUCGAAGAGUAUUUGAACGUUCCGGCAACCCAGCGUCCCAGCUUCCGAGAUUCCCUCACUGGUUCCUUUCGCGUCACCGACGUUGUAGACUACAUUCGCAAAGACUUUGUCUCGCGUCACAGUCUACCCACUGGCACUCUCGUUCCGGUAAUCAUCACCCUUGAUGAAGCAAGCAAGCUUUUACGUAUGCCGGUCAAUGCGAGAUUCGACAAUGAGUUCGACAAACUGCCACGAGAGCGCCAGGAUUGUCGAUUCCUGAAACUGGCCAUCGCGCCACUUCGGGAACUGUCAACUCCGGCGGGCAAACUCAUCAUGUUCCUCAGCGGCACGCGUCCAUUUCUGCUGACCAAUGCAGCCCGUUUCGACCGGUCGGACACUGCAAAUGGGAGCACCUAUCCCUAUAGCCUCAUCGAUAUGCCACUUCUUUCUGGUGCUGCCUCAGCGCAGAAGGCAACCUCCCUCAACCACGAUGGUUCAACUUGGCAUCGAGACCGACAUAUCACGCAACUUCUGCAGCGCGCAGUCGGGAAUCCUCGGCAGAUUGGAGAGGUGUUUUCAAACCAUGUUAAACCCCAUCAACAUGUUCUGAUGGAUUUUUCAACCUUGACUCGUGUUGUCGAAGCCGUGGUUUUCCAGUCAACUGACGCUCAUCUUACACUGAACCCGCAAGUUUUAGAAUCUGUCCAACUUGCUCCAGAUUCUGAUAAACAUCCCUACCUGCAGCUCGCGAUUCGCCUGCUGGAAGAAUUAAAAGUGGUUGGCAAAAUGCUCUUGCCCCAAACCAUCAACAACGACUUGGCGACUCUUCCAUGGCACGAGUUGGAGCAGCUCGUUCCUUGUUUGCUCAAUCUGCGCAUGCUGGUCACGUUGUGCUUUGCAUGCAAGGACGGCACUCCAAAUGAUGCCGACUUGCGUCUUCCCCUGUCUAAGCUGCUGGAGGGUGCCAUCCUGAGCAAUGAUUUGUCGUCGUCCGAGGUUGUCCUGGAAGCGUUCUCUCAGAAGAACGACAAGCUGAAAAGCGGCUUUUCGCUAGACAAGCCCAAUGCGCAUGCGACAGACAUUGUAGCGAACUUUGCCCUCACUUCAGCUUCCGCAGUUCAGCCUGAGAUUGUCCUCUGCAAAGCUCAACUCAAACUGCGAACUGGACUCGAGUCGCUGUCCGUGAAUGCGGCCAAAGGCCUCAUCUCCGACCAACGCAACGGUAGUGCGUCUCUAAUUGCCGGGCUCGUCUCCACGCAGCGCAUGACUCAAGCGCUUUCCGGUUCAAGUCUCGAGGCGAAAUCGUGGCUUGUCUCGCGCAGCGAGCUGCACCGUUUCUUCUGUGGUCUGACGCCUAUCGUUGAUGCACUCGUCUCGUACAACCCAAACCUGUCGGACGGGCCUGCUGUCACGGUGCAAUUUAGGAGUGAGAAGCUAACGCAAGCCGAAGCCGAUUACGUGGCUCAUCGGUUUGUUGCAGAGCGCUCCAAACGCAAGGCAUACUUUUCCAACCACAAAGAAGUCCGUGCUUUCUUGGAACAGAUCGAUCCUGAACUUGCUGCUCGCCUGUCUGACGAGGAGUUGACCUGGAACAGCGAUGAACAGCCCCCGAAAACGGGCUCGGACUUUGCCCAGUCCAAUUGA